UGGCGCGGACCUCGCCCCGCAAGGCGGCGUCGAGAAACAUGCAGGAAACAACUUCAACCAACCCACCACUCAUUUUAAAGGCGACGCCCUCAUGCGCGCUGCUGCAUGUUGCUGCAUAGCAAAACCAAGAUCAUCACUGGUUUAGAUCCGACCAUUCCCGAUUCUGACUUUGCCAUUCGACAGCUACUUGGGAAAAUUUUCUGCUGCUCACCGCCAUCUUGGUCCGAGGAACCUAUAUUUGAUCGACGAAGCAGGCAAAACUGUUCCGAGAAGAAUGGCAGUCUCACUCGAGGUUGAAGUCGUCCUCCUGGACAUUGAGGGGACAGUAUGCCCUAUAAGCUUUGUCAAAGAUGUUCUUUAUCCGUACUCCGUCCAGGCCUUGCCCAACGUCCUUGCCACGCAAUGGGAUUCUCCCUCCUUCGCCACCUACCGGAACAGAUUCCCGGAAGAAUAUUGCACCUCUCGAGAAGGCCUCUCCGCCCAUUUCAACGACCUGAUCUCCCGUGACGUGAAAAUAUCCUACCUGAAGGAUCUCCAAGGCUACCUCUGGAUCAAAGGCUACGAGUCUGGCGAAAUACGAUGUCCGCUCUUCCCUGAUGUCCACCCUUCAUUCUUGAAGUGGCAGAAGGCAGGUGCCUCGAUCGUCAUCUACUCAUCGGGUUCCGUGGCAGCACAGAAACUCCUUUUCCAGUACACCAACUCGAAGCCGGACGCGGAUCUCAGGCCAUUGAUCAGUGGGUACUUCGACACUGUUAACGCCGGCAUGAAGAAGGAUGCGAGCAGUUAUCGAAAGAUAGCUGCAAGCAGGAAAGAGGAUAUUCGCAAGUGGUUGUUUCUGAGCGAUAGAGUUGAGGAAGUUGAAGCAGCGAAGGAAGCCGGAAUGCAGUCACUCGUUGUGGUCAGGAAUGGGAAUGCGCCAUUGACCGAGGAAGAGAAUAAGAAGCAUGAGCUCAUUGCCAGUUUUGAUGAGAUCAAGAUUGUUAGGUAG